AUGUUGUCUUCGAGAGCAAGUACCGUUGCAUCAGAUGAAAGUUUCAUUACUCCUGUAUCUUCGAUGGGAGAUCUCAUGGCGAUGUCACCAAGGAAGCCGGGAGAAUUAGACCACCCUGAUGUCACCAGCGACCUACUUACCGGUUCCGAUUUUGAUAGUAUAUGUGACGUUACUAUGCAAGAGGUCCCUUUGUAUGACGACAAUUUGUUUAUUGACGCAAACAGUUUAGACUAUUUAGUAAAAUGUGCAGAAUCAAACCGUAACCACACUAUGAUAGAUAGAGGUAAAGAAAGUUUAUUUGUGAAAUUUGAUCCUUUAUAUGCAAAGCAAUUAAUGAAAAAUUCGGAACCUUCACAUGAAGUUUCACAUUUGGAGUCAGUAGAUGGUGAUAUUGGCUAUGAAACAGGAAGCAGCACAUCAGCUAUUACUGAUAAUAAUGUGGUUUCACCGAAACUUUCACUGUCAGCAGGUUCUGUUGUAUCAAAAUGUACUAAAGAUAAACCAACCCAAGUAGUUCCACCUGUAGUGAGUAAUGAACUGUCCAAGCCCAGUGUGUCACAAACAAGAACUGCGCCAGUUCUUCUUCGAAGUGUUUCAGCUAUUUUGGCACCGACACAAGCAACGGAAAGGCUUAUAAACUUUUCUGAUAACACUCCUAUUGCUGCACCAAGAAGCCCUCGUCAGUGUCGUCAAUCAACUUAUUCAUCUCAGGAAGUGGAUAGAUUGCAAUCGCUUAGAAUCAUAUUACAAAGCCAAGAUCAAGAAGUAUUACAAUUAAGACAAGAGAACAGAGAACUCAAAUCUUCACUUCAAGACCUUCAACAUAACUUCACACGCACAAAUGAGGAGUUAGAAAAGAAAGUUAAGAAACUCACAGAAGAAAGGGACACUUUAUUGGAAAGAGAAAUAAAAUUAAUCAAACAGGUUAAUGACAAAACAAUAAGUCAUAAACAAAUGUGCAUAGUUAUGGAGGAGUAUGAAAAAACAAUAUCAUCAUUAAUUGGUGAACAACAAAAAGAGAAACUGUUUUCUCAAGAAUUGUAUGACAAAUUAACUUUGGAAAGAGAUGAAGCUCUCAAACAUCUGUCCAGUAUGGAGAGCUCCUUUAAUGAUUUACUAGCGAAAUAUGAGAAAUGUAAGAGUGUUAUUAUGGAGUCUAGAGACAAAGAAAAGAUUCUUAAUAACAAAAUUAAUGAAUAUGAAACAGGAAUGCAAAAGUAUGAAGCCUUAUAUAACAAUCUUAAGCAAGUAACCUCUGAUAAUCUUGAAAAGGCUAAUGAAGAACUGGAAAAUGUAAAAAAAUCUCAUAGUGUUGAUAUAACUAAGCUGAAUGCAAUUAUUAAGAAGCAUGAAAUCAUGAUCUCCUCCUUGCAAGAGUCACUGGCUCAAAAGACGAGGGAUAAUGAGGAAUUGACCCGUAUUUGUGAUCAACUUAUUAAUGAAGUGCGUGAGACAGAUUUAUUAUGGUGCUUCAAUGGUACAAAUGAAUUAGAUAAAUUUGUUACAACAUCUGAUAGUGAUCAUAAUGAGGGUUACAGUUCCUGUGCUUUUGAUAUGAGCCCAGCUGGACGAGGUUUGUUCCACGGAUACCUCGAUACCAGAAUACCGAAAGAUGGACGUGUUAAGAAAUCAGGUUAUUGUGCCAUGCGUUCAAAACGAAUCAGGAAAGCCUUCAAACGUGAAUCUACCUAUGACUGGAAUCUAUACAACACGUUAGUGUUAAAAGUAAGGGGCGACGGUCGGUCUUAUUUGUUAAAUAUUUCAUGCGAGGGCUAUUACGAUAUAACGUGGAAUGAUAUAUAUCAUUACGUUUUAUACACCAGAGGAGGACCUUAUUGGCAAAUAGCAAAGAUUCCUUUUUCAAAAUUUAUUUUAGGAUCAAAAGGAAGAUUACAAGAUAAGCAAACAAGAAUGAGGCUAGAUAGAGUGACACAUUUUGGAAUAUCAUGUGGUGACAAAAUAAAUGGUGUUUUUAAUCUCGAAAUAGAAUACGUUGGCUUAGAAUUUGAUCCGACCCACGAUGAAGAAUUUGCUUACGAAAUGUAUAAGACCGACAAUAAUUUUCCAAAAAAAUCACCAAUUUCAGUAACCAUGUCCUUAUCUGUGCAGCCAAGUAAUAGUGGCCACACUGAAAAACCGACGCAGGUAGUCACUCCUGCGGUCAACAGGAGUCAGGCAUCUGCAACGAAAGUCACUCCUGUUAAGUCAAGUACUGUUUCACCGGCUAUUGCAACUAUCGACAGACUUCUUAGUUUGGGUGCUACUCCACCCCCACCUCCUGUCAUUACAAGAACAUCAGACAUGGAUCCCCACACAGUUGAACAGUUACGAGCCGUCAAAGAAAUGUUGACUGCUCAAGAAGAGGAAGCUCAAAGUCUUAGAGACCUUAAUCGAGACCUCCGUGAAAGAUUGGAAGAAUGCGAAUCCAAAAUCAAGAAACUGACUGAACAAAAUGAGGAAUACUCUGAAAAGGAGAAAGCAUUAUCUCAACGUGUUGCAGAGAAAGUCAGAAAUAAUAAACAGAUGAGUGUAGUGAUGGAAGAAUAUGAGCGUACUAUAUCAUCAUUGAUCGGAGAGAGGGAAACUGAGGCUAAGAGAUGGACCGAGGAACGCGCAACACUAUUAAGAGAAAGGGACGAAGCUGCUGCACACUUGGCAUCCAUGGAACAUGCAUUCAAUGAUGUUCACACAAAAUAUGAAAGAUGUAAAGUUAUCAUUCAAGGAUACAAAACCAAUGAGGAAACUUUAAAGAGAACCGUCGAAGAAAAUAAUGAUGCUAUUCAAAAACUGGAGGGUAGAUAUGAAACACUGAGACAGCAUGCCAUGCAACAGCUCAACAAAGCUAAUGCUGAAUUAGACACAGUGAAGAAGACUCAUCAAGCUGAAAUAUUGAAAUUGAAUGCCAUGCUCAAAAAGAGUGAGGUCCACGCCUCUUCCUUACAAGAAUCUUUAGUGCAGAAAAUUAAAGAUAACGAAGAGCUUACAGCAAUAUGUGAUGAGCUUAUUAAUAAAGUGGGUUAA